AUGCACGUCCCAGAGAUUGCGGCUUUCGCCCUGCUUCACGUAGGCCUUGCUGCGGCUCAGCUCACCUAUGCUAGCAACCAGGUCGAGGUGAUCCCGGAUACCGAAGCGGUAGCGGCGAACUUCCCAGAAGUCGAGGACGUUGAGCUGGGCUCGCCCAGUUUCACCAACCCGGACAGUGUCCCGGCCACCUUUGCUAAUGGCACGAGCGGCCCGACGGACCAGUCAACGCUCGACUACUUCCUCCAAACUCUCGCCGCGCGCAAUGAGUGGAUGACCUACCACAGCCCAGACUUCAAGUCGGAGGAAGGCCGCUCGAUUCCUUACGUCUACCUCUCAACCUCAAAAGGCGUCCCGACGGAUACCAGCCAGAACACCUACGGCAACACCAGUGCGCCCGCAAAGGUGCGGAUCUGGAUGCAGGGCGGCGUCCAUGGAAACGAACCAGCCGGCGACCAGGCCUUGCUCGCCCUUCUCGGCAGAUUCGACGCCAAUGCCACCUGGGCGGCCUCAAUCCUCGAGAAAGUGGACAUCAUGAUGUUGCCCCGAUACAACCCGGAUGGUGUAGCAUACUUCCAGCGUUACUUUGCCACCAGCUUCGAUCCCAACCGCGACCACACGAAGCUUGCACGCCAACAGACCCGGGAUAUCAAGCAGCUGAUGGUGAGCUUUGCGCCUCAUGUCGGUGUAGAUUGCCAUGAGUACAGCCCUACUACACCAUUUGGAGCCAAAGAGCAGUGGGUGGAUGCCCAAGACGGCCAGUUCUCGGCCAUGAAGAACGCCAACAUCCAUCCCGAUAUCCGAAACAUCUCUGAAGCCGUCUUCGCAAACAACAUCGCUGCGGCCAUGGAGAGACGUGGCCUGCGAUGGGGUCCUUACAUCGUCGGUCCCUCGGGAACAGACGAUCUUGUUCUCGAAGAAACUACCGGCGACGCCAAGAUCGGAGACAGCGCCGUCGCGUUGACCCAGGCCAUCAUGUUCCUCACCGAGACGCGAGGCAUCGGGCUAGCAGACCAGCACUGGCAGCGCCGCGUCGCAACAGGACUGACGAUGGUCGAGACAAUCGUCCAGACAGCCGCCGAUAGGGCCGAAGAAGUAUACUCGACAGUAGAAAACGCGCGCGCAAAGUUCAUCGCCAGCACCGACGGUAUAAUUGUAACGGAAUCUGCUCGCCCGACCAACAUCACGUGGCAAUUCAUCGAAGCGACGACGGGAGAACUCGUAGAUGUCCCCGUCCAGUUCCUUAACACCACGCCCGUGGUGGCGAACCUCACCCGCUCGAGGCCGGAGGCUUACGUCUUUUCGCGCGCAUGGGCUGAUGUUGCUGAGCGUCUGCGUAUCACCGGUCUUGAAGUGCAGACGUUGCAGUCUGACUUCCAAGGCGAAGUUGAGGCAUUCAAUAUCACGAGUGCCGAAGUGGCGCGAACAAAGUACGAGGGAAUUGCUCGUACUACGGUGACGACGGAGACCGUGGUCAAGGAGGUUCGGAUCCCGGCCGGCGGGUUCUGGGUCAGUACCAGGCAGAAGAAUGCCGCACACGCGUUUGUGACGCUUGAGCCGGAAGGGAUCGACUCUUAUGCUACGUUCAAUGUUCUACCGGUGAGCGUCGGUGAUGAGUACCAGGUCUACCGCGUCAUGGCAUAG